CCCCCUCAUUUCACCUGGAUAUUACAUACAGCUCGCUGUGUACUGCCAGCAUCUCACUACACUGUGCUUCUCUUUCUGGAAACUUAAAAGCUGCUCAGGUGAAACCUGGGAUUGUGGGGGCAGUUAACACUCCUGGGGCAAGCCUCAGCAGUGGAGGGACUGGAACCGGUGGAUAAAGUCUCCAACUUCCCAUCCCUUAGAGGGACAAUUCUGAAACACAUUCUGUUUGGUUCCUUGGUGAGUUCCCUGUGGGAGUGGUUCCAGCGCUUACUGCAGAAAUCAGCUCAGUAACACACUUUAUUGGCUUUCCUUCCUUCUCUGGAUCUCUCUCUUCAUUUCCUUACUGUGUUUCCUGGGAUCAUCUCCAAUUACCUACCUGCCCUAAAAUCUACACUUUGGGGAGAACUCAAACUAAGACAACAAAAAAAUCUGAAUUUGUUGGAAUGUUGCGUCAUCAGGUUGAAGAGCAUGAAAAAGUCAAGCAAGAGAUGGCCAUGGAGUAUAAGCUGGAGUUAAAGAAACUACAUGAAGAAUUAGGCAGACUGAAGAGGAGCUAUGAAAAGCUACAGAGAAAACAUGUAAGAGACUUCAGAGGAAAUGCCAGAAAUCACAGGGAAGAUCGGUCUGAAAUUGAGAGGUUAACUGGAAAAAUAGAGGAAUUUCGUCAGAAAUCACUGGACUGGGAGAAGCAGCGCUUGAUUUAUCAGCAACAGGUAUCUUCUCUGGAGGCACAAAGGAAGGCUCUGGCUGAACAAUCAGAGAUAAUUCAGGCUCAGCUUGCCAAUCGGAAACAAAAAUUAGAGUCUGUGGAGCUGUCCAGCCAGUCGGAAAUUCAGCACCUGAGUAGUAAGCUGGAGCGGGCCAAUGACACCAUCUGUGUCAAUGAGUUGGAAAUAGAGCGCCUCACCAUGAGGGUCAAUGACUUGGUUGGAACCAAUAUGACUAUUAUGCAAGACCAGCAGCAAAAAGAAGAAAAAUUGAGAGAAUCUGAAAAACUGUUAGAGGUUCUGCAAGAAGAAAAGAGAGAAUUGAAGGCAGCUCUUCAGACUCAAGAAAAUUUCAUGCGUGAGACAAGAAUACAAAAGGAGAAGCUACAAGCAAAAUUAAAGGCAACUGACACUCAACACACAGUAGAGACCAUAAGGUCACUGGAGGAGUCUCAGGCAGAAAGGAGGUAUGCCUCUCAAGGGCAGGGAGACUUAGAGAAUGGGCUCUCCCGACUGGAUUUUACCCACACUAGUGAAGAACUUCUGCAGGCAGAAGUGACUCGUCUGGAAGACAGCUUGGAAUCUGUGAGUACAACAUGUAAACAGCUGAGCCAAGAGCUAAUGGAAAAAUAUGAAGAACUGAAGGAGAUGGAAGUGCAUAACAAUGAGUACAGGGCUGAGAUUAAGAAGUUGAAAGAACAGAUUUUGCAGGCUGAACAGAGUUACAGUUCUGUACUAGAGGGAAUGAAGAUGGAGAUCUCCCAGCUAACUCGAGAGUUACAUCAGCGAGAUAUCACUAUUGCUUCCACCAAAAGUUCUUCCUCUGACAUGGAGAAGCAACUCAAAGCAGAGAUACAAAAGGCAGAAGAAAAGGCAGUAGAGCACAAGGAGAUUUUGGCUCAGUUGGAGUCACUCAAGUUAGAAAAUCAUCGUCUUUCUGAAAUGGUGAUGAAAUUGGAAUUGGGUUUACAUGAGGCAAAAGAGGUUUCACUAGCAGACCUUCAGGAGAAUUAUAUUGAGGCAUUAAAUAAAUUAGUGUCUGAAAAUCAGCAACUACAGAAAGAUUUGAUGGAUACCAAAGCUCAGCUGGAGAUUUCUACUCAGAUUUGCAAAAAAAACCAUGACAGGAUCUUUAAACCAACACACUGCAGAGUACCUGAGUUCAAGAACACGGAGUUCAAGCCAACCAGUGGCCAGCGCAAGCCUGAUGGGGUGAAGGCUGAGCACUGCAAAGCAGGUCUUCAUUCUCCGCCAGGACAAGCGUCGGAUAGCGUAGAGCCUGUGUCCAGGGACCUCAGCCCCCCGAGCCAUCAAAUCAGCCCUUGCUGCUCCACCAUCUCUCUGCCUUCUAACUUGCCGUGCAAAACUCACUCUCUGCCUUCAGUGCUAGAUACCAAUGAAACCAAUUUUUCUGACACUGUCUCUGAAAGUAUAAAUGACCAAGAAGACUUUAUAUAUUCGUGUCCCUUGCCUCUGUCUCCUCUUGGUUCAAUAGCCACAAGAUUUUUGGAAGAGGAGGAACUGAGGUCUCAUCACAUUCUAGAGCGCCUGGAUGCCCAUAUUGAAGAACUAAAAAGAGAGAGUGAAAAGACUGUGAAACAAUUCACAGCCCUAAAGUAGCCUCUUAAAAAAUCACAAACUUGGAAAUAAAAAUAAACACCGAAGAGUUACUGUCAUCGUGAAGUAGCAGCUCUUUGAAAGGCUGAACGUAUAGAAACCAUAAAAAUGAGAUGUACUAAUAAAGCUGCCAUGAGGAGUCUGAGAAACUGAUACUAGCUCUAAGGUGUUUUCACUGCACUGGUUUGUUUGAAGGACUUUUUCCAGCAAUAACUUGUAAAUAAACCACUUUUGCUAGACUUUUUCUCAUGUUAGUAUUUAUUAUCGUAAAGUGAUACUUUCUCAUGCUGACUUAAAUGUGAAUAGCUGUAGACUAAUUAAAGAUUUUAUGAUUCGUGUUGAAAAUAAA